CUCAAGGUGAAUAAGAAAUGUGAGGAAGCACGCCAUGAAAAGGAGGCUAUGGUGAUGAAGUAUGUGCGAGGAGAGAAGGAGGCGCUUGACUUGAGGCGAGACAAGGAGGGCUUAGAGAAGAGGUUAAGGGAAGCCACCAAGGAGGUAGACCGCCAGGCCCUACGAGGAAACCAACUAGCCCAAGACAAAGGUAGACUGCAACAGCUGCACGAUUCAAAGGUAAGGGAGGUUAGCAGAUUGACCAGGGAGGUGGAAAAGUUAAAGGAGGAGAUCAACUCGCACCUUAUCAAAGUCAAGUGGGCCCAGAAUAAACUCAAGACUGAGAUGGAUGCCCACAAGGAGACCAAAGACAAGCUUAGAGAGACCACAUCCAAACUGUCCCAGGCCAAAGAAGAGACCGAACAGAUCCGUAAAAACUGCCAGGAUAUAAUUCGAACAUACCAGGAGUCUGAGGAGCUCCGGUCCAAUGAGCUUGAUGCUAAACUGAGGGAGACCAAAGGAGAACUGGAACACAAGCAGGAACAAACAGACCAGUUAGAGGUCCAUCGGGUGAAGGCCAAAGAGCUAGAAGACCUGAAGAAGAAUUACAAAGAGAGCAUAGAUGAGCUUGACACCCUCCGGACCAAGUUAAAGUGUUUGGAGGAUGAGCGUCCACGCUGGGAGGAUGAGCUUAACAAGUACAGGGAGAUCAUUAACAGGCAGAAAACUGAGAUCGGCCGCCAGCGGGAGAAGCUCGACGAGAUCACUGCAUUCGAGGAGCAGCAUGAAUGUGACAAACAGCAGAUCACAUCUCUGCAUGAUGAGGUGGACAGCUUGGCCAGCCAGAUGACUGACUUGCAGCGUGACGUGCAAGGCAGCAGGGAACGUGAGGCAGAGUUACUGGGCUUUACUGAGAAAUUGAGCAGCAAGAACGCCCAGCUUCAAUCUGAAAGCAACUCGCUUCAGGCACAGCUGGAUCAGCUCUCCAACAACUUCACGGAACUCCAAGCAAGGCUGCAAGAGACCAGCAGACUUCUAGAUGAUAAGUCACGGGAGCUGAGGCAAGAGGAGGUGCUGAGGAAGCAGGAGGUGCAGGACCUGUGCGAGGAGCGAACGAUGUUGCAGACAGAGGUGGGCCGUUUGAAAAACCAAGUGGAAGAACUGAGAGAUGAGCUUGUGACUCAAAAAAGGAAACAAGCUGCCAACAUCAAGGACUUGACCAAGCAACUCAUACAAGCUCGAAAGAAGCUGGAGCAUGCUGAGAAUGGAGGCUGUGACCGCGAUGCUGGAAGUAUGGGAAGUCGCUCCAGUUCUUCUGGCUCCUUAAACGCCCGCCACGGUGGUAGCAGCGGUGUUGAAGAACUCCCCGAGAGCCAAAGCAGCCCCUCAGUCGUGGUUGUGGACAGUUUCCCAGAGGUUGACAAGGCAGUGCUGGUGGAACGUAUUGUUCGGCUACAAAAGGCCUUGGCUCGCAAGCAGGAAAAAAUCGAGUUCAUGGAGGAUCACAUCAAACAGCUGGUGGAGGAGAUUCGCAAAAGACCAAGUGAAAUUAUCCAGAGCUACGUGCUCAGAGAGGAGUCGGGGACCCUCUCAUCAGAGGCUUCAGAUUUUAACAAAGCCCACCUGAGCCGACGGGGGGGCAUCAUGGCUUCACUUUACACCUCCCACCCGGCGGACAGCGGGCUGACCCUGGACCUGUCCCUGGAGAUCAACAGGAAGCUGCAGGCCGUGUUGGAGGACACACUACUUAAGAACAUUACUCUCAAAGAGAACCUCCAGACGCUGGGAGCAGAGAUCGAGCGACUGAUGAAGCAACAGCGGGAAUCCAGCAAGGCUGUGAAGAGCAAGUGAAGGAAGA